GCAUCACCACAUUAAUAGCUAAAGGUGUCUAUGAUUCAGCCUUCCCUCUCCAUGAUGGGGAUUAUAAGGUCGUGGGUCACUCUGAGAGGAAUGACAGACAGCUGCUGCAUGAUGAGUGGGCCAGAUAUGGAGCCUUCUACAAAUACCAACCUGUGGACCUCAUCAGGAAGUACUUUGGAGAGAAGAUCGGUCUGUACUUCGCCUGGCUGGGCGUCUACACUCAGCUGCUCAUACCAGCCUCUAUGGUUGGGAUUAUCGUCUUCUGCUACGGCUGUUACACUGUGGAUAUGGACGUACCCAGCCUGGAGAUGUGUGAUAAGCAGCAGAACUUCACUAUGUGUCCUCUGUGUGACGGAGUGUGUGACUACUGGCACCUGUCCACCGCCUGUGGCACCGCCCGAGCAUCUCACCUGUUCGACAACCCAGCCACCGUCUUCUUCGCUAUCUUCAUGUCCCUCUGGGUUGCGACGUUCCUGGAGCACUGGAAGCGUCGUCAGAUCAGUUUGAACCACAGCUGGGACCUCACAGGACUAGAGGAAGAGGAGGACCACCCAAGGCCCAAGUAUGAAACCGUCCUGCUCCAGAAGAGACAGAUGAUGAGGAACAAGGAGAAGAAGAACGAGAAAAAGAAGAAGAAGAAGAUUGAGCCUGUGCAGCGGGAGGAGGACGUGGCGGCAGGGAAAGACAGGUGGAGACAGAAGUUACUGUCUGCUGUGAACACGGGGACAUCGACAGGUGUGGAGAAGCUGACCUGGAGGGACCGUCUGCCUGGAUACCUCAUCAACAUCUCCUCCAUCCUCUUUAUGUUUGCGCUGACGUUCUCUGCGGUUUUCGGUGUGAUCGUGUAUCGUAUCGUCGUUUCCGCUCUAAUGGCGAUGUCACCUGACCCGGAGACCAAGUCUAACGUGCGUGUCACCGUCACGGCAACCGCUGUCAUCAUCAACCUGGUGGUCAUUCUGAUACUGGAUGAGAUCUACGGAGCUGUGGCCGUCUGGCUCACUGAGCUGGAGAUUCCAAGGACAGAGAGUAACUUUGAGCAGCAUCUGAUUCUGAAGGCUUUCCUACUGAAGUUCAUGAAUGCCUACGCCCCCAUCUUCUAUGUAGCUUUCUUUAAGGGACGGUUUGCAGGCAGGCCGGGAGACUACGUCUAUGUUUUUAAUGACUACCGGAUGGAGGAGUGUGCCCCUGGAGGCUGUUUAAUAGAGUUAUGUAUUCAGCUCAGCAUCAUCAUGGUGGGAAAACAACUCAUUCAGAACAAUGUCUUUGAGAUCGGCAUCCCUAAGUUGAAGAAGUUGAUCCGAGCAUGGAAGGGUAAGGGGAUUUCAUUGGAGGAGAGAGAGGAGCAGCGUGCCAGACCUCCUCAACAGUGGAACCUGGACUACACCCUGGUCCCCUUUGAAGGACUGACCCCUGAGUACAUGGAGAUGA